CCCCUGGGGCAGCCCCCGGGGCGGGGCAAAGCGGAGCCUGCAGGCGGGCGGCGGCGGCUGGUUGCGUUGGGUCUGGGAGGCAUGAGCGGGCCGGGGCCGGGGCUGGGGCCGGGGCCGGGGCUGCCGCCGCUGCCCAAGAGCCUGAGCGGGCUGCUCAACUCGGCGUCCAGCGGCGGCGGCGGCGGCGGCGCGGGCAGCGCGGGGCCGGGCCCCGGCGGGCGCUGGCGGGAGCUGGAGCGGCUGUACGCGCAGAAAUCCCGCAUCCAGGACGAGCUGAGCCGCCGCGGCGGCGGCGCGGCGGGGGGAGGCGGCCGGGGCUCCCCGCGCCCGCCCAAGCCGCCCAACCUGGACGCGGCGCUGGCGCUGCUCCGCAAGGAGAUGGUUGGCCUUCGGCAACUAGAUAUGUCAUUACUAUGUCAACUGUUCUCUCUCUAUGAAUCAAUUCAAGAAUACAAAGGUGCAUGCCAAGCUGUCUCGAAUGCAGACUGUACAUAUGCUCUGGAAAAUGGCUUUUUUGAUGAAGAGGAGGAGUAUUUUUAGAAACAACACCACUGUCAUUGGCAGGGACAAAAGCCCACGGAUUGGUUUUUCACUCCCUGUAACACUUCCAAGAAGAUCUGGAAUCUGCGGAUUUCUCUUCUUGAGGGGAACAUCUGGCUACCUGAAGUGUGUUGAACUCAUGUUUGUGGCAGGCUGUCAGUGCAAGUUACUCAUCUAAAUGCCACUUUAGGAAGGUGAUGUCCUAUAACUUUCAGGAUUCCUCGACAUUCAUGUGUGACAAGAAAUGUCAGUUUAAAUUUCAGGCUGGAUUUUUCCGAUUUACAGAUGUUGGCAACUGACUUUAUAACUGUAAUGUUGAUCAUACAAGAAGUCAGUGACGUCCUGAGUGUAAUAGCUUUUCAGGGGGUAAAAGACUUCAUUAUGGUGUAACUAACCAGGGGUGAUAUGUAUUUGUCAACAGUACUGAUAAAUCCUCUUUGAACAGGUGUUUCAAAACCCCUGGUCCAAGCCAUAUUAAGCUAAUCUGCUUUUAUCAGCUGUGCUACUUACCUCCAGUUCUACAACUGGGUGGAUUGUUUACACAGUUUCUUAGAUACUUGUGUUCUAUAAAAACCUAUGUUUUGAAGCAUUUUUCCUUUUUUCUAAUCCAAAGGUUGUAUAUAAGCUAGCGGAUGUUACCUGUAUUUUUUUUUUUUUCUGUUCAGCUACCUAACUUUCCUAGUGCUGCCAAAUAGCGUUAACUUUUCUAUUACCUUCUUGGGGUUUUUUUUUUUCUUUUUGCAUAAACAUAGGUCUAUGACCUGCUAAAAUCUGUUUAAAAAAGGGUUGCUUAGCUUUUGCUGUAUUAAAGGGUAAAAGCAUAGGUUCAGACAUUGUCUCUCUGCCACUAUGUGGCUUGUAAUAACCCAGACUCUUAAAUGCAAGUGUUUUCAAACAUAUGAAGUAUAAGGAAUCUCUCAAUAUGAAAAAAUGGGACAAACUGCAAUAUUUUGUACUGGAUGACCUUUGUUUCUGGAAGGUAGUCUACAACUUUUUAAGAAGAAUUGCAAAAUAAGUGUUUUGGGGCCACAGUUAUAAAUAAAAGCUCUUUACUCUAUCUCAUUUGCUUGAAAGAAAGCUAAGCUUAAAUGUACACAUUUAUUUUUGUUGUUAAAACACACUAAAGCAUUCAGCUAAAUUUACGAUUUUUAUAGUGUAUGCAACACUCAGUUAACUUAAAAUAUACCUAAAAGUAGCCAACUAUCUUACCAUGCCUCUUGCUCUAUUCUGAAGUGAAACUGCAGUACUCAGCACAUGAUGUGGGUUCCUCUUACUUCAAAACUUAGUAGUCAGCAUGCUGUGAAAUUUGGUGUUAGAAUCUUGACACAAGCUAAUAAUUAAGGGCUUUAACUUCAAAGGAUCUUUUUUGUAUGGCUCAUAUGCCUGGCAUAGAUUCGACAUGCAGCAAGGAUCAAAUUCUGCAGUAGCACCUCAACUAUUUAAAAAAAAAAAAAUGAAAAGCUAGUGAAACAAAAUGGUUUGCAAUGACAAAAGCAGAGGUAGCUUAGGACGGGUGUUUUUGCUUAUUUUCCUUUAAACUGACAGCAGUGGAAUCUAAACAUCAAAGUAAAGACUUUGGGGUGCAAUGUGCGUGGCUUUUUAAAUUAGUCUAUGACAGAUUCCUUACAUAGGUUUUAAAAAAUCUAUUCUGGCCUAGUUAGUUCUUUCAUGUAGGCCUAUUUAAAAUUAAUGAACAAACUUCACUUAAAAGGUAAUCUAAAUGGCUGCUAAUUAUGUGUCUGCCCAUAGGUAAUGCUCACGGUUGUACAUUUGGACUCCAUGUUUAGCCUUCCAAAUGUUAAGUGUAACAUUCUUUAAUUAUACUUUGCUAUGCUCUUGACAUGUUAAAAAAAACCUCUUCUAUUUAAUUCAGACCCCCUCCUCCUGCCCCGUCCCUGAAAAUAAAAAAAUAUGGUGCUUAGCAUAAGA